AUGGCUGACGGUAGUGACAGGCGCAGGCGCAGGCGGAAAGGUGCUGGUGCCGCUGGUGCCGCUGGUAGUGCUGGUACAGGUGGGAACAGUGAUGCCGGUAAGAAGGACACCAGCAAAGAGGCUAGUAAAGCCGGAAGCAGUGCCAAUGGCAAUGCCAAUGGCAACGACAAUGGCGGUAGCAAUGCCAGUGCCAAGAGUAAUAGUAAGGGCAACGCCAAAGGUGCCUCUAAGGGUAAAGGGAAAGACCGGAGACGCAACAAGGGCAAGGAGGACAAGAAGGAUGACAAGAAAGGUGUAUCGAAGGUUAAACGGAGCGGGCGCAAGAACGAGCCUGGGCCCAAGAACAGUAAGACCACUAAGAAGAAAGAAGCUCAGCGUGUGCAGAGUGCGCUCGAGCAGGACUACAAGAAGCUGGUGGUGCGUUUGCUGCCGCCAAUGCUGACAGAGACGCAGUUCUGGAGCACAGUCGGUGCACCGACCCUCGAGAACAAGCAGCAAUACUUUGAUGCGCACGGGAUAGUGGAGCACUACUUCCACCAGGGCGACGCAUAUGCCAAAUUUGCCACAAUGAACGCACGCAAGAAGUCAUACUCCCGGAUGUACUUGAUCUUCAAGGACAUUGACCAUGCCAAGAAGUACGUGCUGGCGAUCAAGGACCUGACUUUCACGGACGACCACGACAACUCAAACAAUCCAACUUUCAAGAUAUCGCAGUAUGUCAAGCUGUUUGCCAGUGGGUCCACAAAGCAGAAGUCGGGCUCUGCUCUCGAGGGCACCAUCGAUGACGACAAGAUAUUCAAGAACUUCUUGAAAUCUAUGAAGUAUGUGCGUGAACACCAGUUUGAAGAAGACGUGGAAGGGAUCAGCAUGCUGCGGCCCAUAGAGAAAGAGCUGGCUCUGAAACGGGAGCGCAAAGAGCUCGCUGAGAAGGCAGCACAGCACGCCAUAGCUAAGCUGACUGGUGUCAGCGAAUCUGACAAGAAGAAGAAGAAGCGCAAGAAGAAGAAGAAAGGUGCUGUAGAAGAGACACCAAAGGAGAAGAAGAAACGUAAGAGAAACAAGAAGAAGAAGGAGAAGAAGAAGAAAGCCAGCGAAGGAAACGAACCGAAGGCAGACUCCAAUAACUUUGUUAUAUUAGAGAAAGCAGGAAAACAGGUCCUGAAGGAGAGAUUGGCCAAGAAGGGAUCCAUGACUGCCCUGCCAGCGCUCACACCAGACAAGCCAAAGGUGCCGAAAAUCUUGAAACGAAACAUAUAG